UCUAUUAUAUUUCAGGAGGACCAGUUUUGAGAAAGUCUGGGGACAGAUUCCCGACUUGGGCCGCUCGAGGCAGGGGUUUCCAAGCUUGGAUGAUGCGGGUGCUCACGGGAGUGGUGGUGUUUUUGAGUUUGCUGCAGCAUUUCCAUUCCCUUGAGCCUGGUGACUGCAAUGUCUCAGAGGAGGUUGCUGAGGAGGUUUUGGAUCUGAUCAAUAAAGACCGUAGGAGGGGUUUCCUUUUCGAGCUCCUAUGUGUUGCUGAUGUCCACGUUCACCAAACAGAAUCUGCCUUAGUCUCUUAUUUAGUCCUAGAUGUGAUUGAAUCGGACUGCUCUGUACUAACCAGGGUACAUUGGAAGGAUUGUAAACCAACAUCUUCUAGACGUCGGCCUUCUGAAUUAGUCAUUGGACAAUGUAAAGUUAUAGCUACAACUUACCCGAACAAGUCCCGGGAGGCGGGCAAACUGAAUGGCUACAACUGCACAACAAGUUCUGUUUCUUCUGCACUAACUGACCCCAGAGCGACGCCCCCAGUGAUCAUUGACUACUUUGAGAAUACAGAGGAAUACAGCGGACAAGCUGAAAAAGCCCUGGAUAAAUACAUUAGUGAGAGUGGUCAUUCCACCCUUUUCAAGGUGGACAGAGUAGAGAGAGCAGCAAGGGUGCGAGGAGGAGAACGGACAGCCUACUUUGUGGACUUCAGUAUAACCAGCUGCUCCAAGAGAGUCGCCCGGCAUCCCUCACCCAAGCACUGUGACUUCGUUGGAUUCUGCAAUGGAGAUCUGGUAUACAGCGCAGAAGUCACCAACUUGGAGAACCCAGAGAAUCUUGAAGUGAACUGUGAAAUCUUCAACAAUACGAAGUACCUCACGAAUUCUGGAAGUGGAAAAGACCAUCAUCCCUACCACAAGAAAAACCACCGUUUCAGGAAUUGUACGGUCUCGCCUCCUUCAGGUGUGAAGCCUAACCAAAGGAAUCCAACAUCCCCUCAUGGUCAUCAACACCACCGCAAUCACCAACAGCGUCCCCUUCCCCCAAACUGCCCCUUCCAUUUAGGAGGCCCACUUGCUCCUCAAGAAGGACAAGAUGGAAAACAGCAAGAAGGGGAUGAUUUAUCCCUCCAUCAAGACGCUCCUUCUCCUUGGGGAAGUCAGAGAAAUGGACACGUUUCAAAGUCAGGAGGCAAGCACCGCCCGAGACACCUCUCCCACUCUGAUAAACACAAGCACAAGGACUCCCACUCAUCGGAAGAAGAUCAUUCACUUAGACGACGCUUUCUUUCUCCCUGGCAACAGCUCGGCUACGUCUAUCGUCUUCCGCCGUUGAAGAAGGAUGAGGUUCUUCCCGUUCCGGAAGUCAACUUUCCCAGGCCGCACCGCUAUCCGUCACCGGAACGUGAUGAGCCUCACAGGCCAGAAAUUCCGCCCUUCCCACAGUCACCUUCAACGUCUUGUCCGGGGAAACUCAAGUAUGAGGGCCCAGUUUCACGCUUUCUGCCGUGAAGACCUCUAAAGCAAAGGCUGGUCGUUGAUGGAAACAAUCACCUUUCCGUAGUUGAAAUCACAAAUACGAUAUUCUAGUCAUCACACAUGAAAUAUCAGUGUCUUUGCUUCUAAUCGUGGGAAUAAGAAAAGAGGGAGGUGGAAGCGGUGGGGGUUGGAAAGAGGAACAGAAAAUGCACUUACUUGCUUAAGCACAUUUAAGAAAGUGUUAUAUUGACUCUGUUACCAAUUGACUGUAUAACCUUAAACAAGUCACUUGACUCUUUUUGCCUCAGUUUCUCUCUCUGUAGAAGCCCAAUAAAUUGUUUGGAUUGACUGGCUAAGAAC